GAAAGGGAGGAGAUCUAAGGUAUGUAGCCAUGAAGCGUAAAAAAACAUGAGGUAUGAAAAACACCUGAAGUAUGAAAUUCGUUCGUUCGUUCGUUCAAAUGUGUGUGAUAGUAUUGGUGGUAUGAAAAAGGUCCAUGAAGUGUUGUGUAGUUCCUAAGGAUCCAUGGGAAGCGUUGUAGUGGGGACAAGACAUGGACAUGAACAAGAAUAUGAAUGUAGAACAGAAAAAGAAGAAGGAAACAAAGACGCAGACCCAGUGACUGACAUCUAUCCAUCCGAGCUUGAACGCUCGCGGAAGGCGCCGGAUAUCAAAUACAGUAUCACCGGUAUUGCCAACGCCAACAUCGGAUAUCACCGCCACCCAUACAGUAAUCCACAAUACAAACGUUGACGCCAGCGCUGAAGAUUGACGUCGGAGACAGACGCCCAGCGAGAUCGUUAAGGUAAUCGAUAUCGUAUUACACUGUAUUACAUCGUAUCAUAUCGUAUCCAACGAUAUCGUGUCGCAUCGAAUAUUAUCGCAUCAUAUCGAAUAUUAUCGAAUAGCAGCGGAUGGUAGCGGAUUGAAAUCGGAUCGGCUUGUAUUGUAGGGCACUGAGCCCGAGCGGAAACUGUAACGGAGCUCGCACCGCACUUGAUCACCAGGGGGAGAAAGGUUCCAGUCCAGCCGGGUUACGAUUUCGAUGUUGCGAUGUGUGACGUGCGCCAUGUCCGGGUGGGUUCGCGAGGGUUCGGUUCGAAGGAUUGGAGCUCGAACCGUGAUCAAAGAAGCAAAAGUAAAGGGGUAGGGACAAG